UAAGUUAAAGUGUCCUAUAUCUAACCCCGUAGGAGCGCGGUAUCUUCAGAUGUCGCGUCUGUUCUUCUACAAAAAAAUUCGGGAUGUUGUUAACCGCUUACCUAACCACUAUAAAAAGAGAUAUCUAGAAAACCAGAAUGAACUAGCCAAGGAAAAGUUUCGUGCCACCUCACUAAUUAAGGAUGAAUGCACCGGAACUGUCCUUCCUAGCUCUUACUUUGAAUCUCCAUUGAAUGUUAUUUAUCCUCCUGAAUCCGAAAAGUGCUUAUGGGGUGGAGAGGGUAUUAUUCAAGGUUAUUGGGAGAAGAAAAAUCAGAAACAGAGGUUCCCUAAAACGUGGCACCCUGUUCUUACGGAACAACUGUUCUAUAGUGAGAUUCUGGAUCGUUGGAUGAUUAUAAUUGUAUCAGACAGUGCUUUGAAACAAAUUGAAGAGUCUGGCGGCUUUGAUUCAUAUAUACUUUCGACUCCAGAAUCGAAACUUAAAAGUAGACUUGGGAUGUAUCUAAAGAGGGACAUGUUGAUCACUCUCGCAAAGGCCAAGAAGAAUGGAAACAUUAAGAAAUCUUGGCAAAAGUUUUCAGAAUUUAUCAUACCCGUGCAUAACAUUGUAUGAUUGUGACCUUUCUUCCUUUUGAGUUGAAUCUUGCUGUCAUGAUCCUGGAGGAGAUUGGUUCCCACUGCAUGAGAGCCUUCGAUGCUCUUGAGGACAUCAUGAUAGCCACUCGACUCAGUGUGCUCGUGGUUGUCGUCUGGGUGACAAUGUCAGAGUAGAUUAUUGAUUCUCCAGUUGACAGUUUGGAGAGUCCACUCCCAUUCCAUCUGCUUUCGCAAAUCCCAAGCACUUCGAUGUUAUACCUUCUCAUCUCCUUUGCAAUCUGGGCUGCCUUACUGGGUUCAAACAUCUUUCGGACAUUCCAUGUCCCCACGUUUACUUUCGCUUUCAUCGAGAGAAGACACAUCGGCCAAUUGGCUUCCCGAAGUCAGGCUUUCACCAACUGGCGUCAUUUCGCCUCUCCGAUUCCAGCGGGGAAUAAGUUUGUUUUCAUUUUUUAUAUUUUGUUUGUGCUUUGAAGUUUCUUUAGCGGUUAGAUUUGUUUUACGGGGUAGGGUUGCUAGCCCUAUGCCCAACCUUCGCUCUUUACCCGGGCUUAGGACCGGCUAGUAACUAGUAAACUAGUUAACCAGGCGAGGUUUAUGUGUAUAUACGUAACAAUUUAUUAUCAUACAAAGACGGUAAAGCAAGUGUACCUAGAAAUGGGCCACACAUGAAAAUGAAAACGACGAAACGAAACACACUCGGCCACCUUGUGCAUGUCCUUGCAGUAAGCAAUGAACCGCACUUGUGUGAGGGGUAGUGAUACUAUUUCGUUGCCCACACCUCGGUAGAUGGGAUGGCGCUCGAACCCGUGACCCAAUGGUUAAUAGUCAUCUCCCCAAACCACCGAGCCACAGCAUUGAAGACAUAAAGCGAAGGCAUGUAGAUAAAUGAAAGAGAAAAACACAUUAAGAGAAUGAUUAGGAAGGCAGUCCAGUAUGAUGCAUUCAAUACAAAGCAUUCAUUACUUUUCAGUGGCAGAAGAAAGAAGGAAACUACAGCCUGAAUGCUACUGGUUUCGAUUCUGAGACGUAUCUGACAACCUCUCAAUCCACUAAGUUGUGUGAUCUCUCGGACCCCACCCAGGGAGUCGGGAUGCCCAACAAGUACUAACCCAAUACAAGAAUCCUUCAUCUUAUACACUGAACACGUCAUACACUGACCACCCUCCUGCUUCCAUCCAGUCCCAUGGCUAGCAAACAAUGGACGGUAUGCAAGCCGUUGGAACGACAUGCUUAAUACAUGUUCGAACCACCGAAGUUGGUGUUUCCAGAUGAAUUUACUCAUUGAAGGAUGACCUCCAUCAUGCCCAAACACACUGUUGUACCUCAUAACUACUUACACGGUGUUGUCACCUGAUACGGGCAGUCCUGGGGAGACAAGGUUAAUUGAACAGAGUCGUCGCACAUCAGCUCGGAAAGGCCAGGUUUUACAGGAGUAGUAUAAAACUGCUCACACCGAAGCGUUGUAAACCUGACGUUUUACCGUCAGACUAACGUCGCGACAGCGCUGAAGGUGGCUCAGAUUGGCGUAUGCCACUCUGACUUUCGAUAUGCGGUUGGAAACCUCACUACUCACACAACCACCGAGACACAAGAACUUUCCAGCUACCUCCAACGGCUCACCACUGAGGAUGAGUUCAGAUACAGGUUCCUGCCACUCUUUCAAAACUACUUUGAACUUCGAUGGUGCAAAGCAUGUACUAUACUUACGAAGCCUAGUCGCUAACUGAUUAAGUUGGAUUUGAGUAGUCUCUGUGUUAUCGCACAGUAAGACAAUAUCAUUCGCAUAUUCAAGGUCGAAUAGCCGUUCUCCAUGUAGUAGAUCUACAUGACCACCACUCACCUCCUUCAGAGGUGUCUCAAGAAUGUCGUCGAUAGGAAAAUUAAAGAGGAGUGGAGAAGUCGGGGGACCCUGCCCAACCCAUUUUUGGUUUGAAAUAACGGAGAUAGGUGGUUAUUUACCCUGAUUCUCUCUGAGGUGUUUUUAUAUAGGGCUUUCAGGGUGCUAAUAAAUUUCUCAGGGACGCACCUCUGUAACAGACAGUUCCAGAGCGAAGCUCUAUCCAACGAAUUGAGGGCAUCCCUAAUGUCAAAAAACAACGAUUGUUGACCUCCGGUAUGUUUGGUGACGUUCAGGCAUGUGGUGGAUGUUAAAUAUACGGUCAGUGCAUCCACAACCUGAACGAAACCCAACCUGCACCUCGCGAAUCAUCUUCACAUGCGUUUUGCAAAGCCUGCGAAGUAUGAUAGCAGCAAAUAUUCCCAAUGUGACUGGUAACAGAUUAAUACCCCGAUGUCACAUACAAUACGUAGACUCUUAAAGAUAGGCACAAUGAUGGAGCAUUCUCAACGUACCAUACCUUCUCAAACAGUCCAGCCAGUUCCCUGAAUAAAGUCGUUUUUCCAUCCUUAAAAAGAGCCAGGGUUAAUUAAGUUGUUUGGGCGGGGUGCCUUGUGGCGUUUCGAAACUUGAAGUUCCCUAUGAACCUCUCCUGACCAUAGAGCACAAUACCUUGAAACUGAAGAUGCUGGGUCAGUGGACCAGCUAACUGCUUCCCAAAGCACUCCACCCAGAGUUCCUAGCAUCUUUGAAGAUUGUUUGUCGGCAUACUACCUAUCUCAUAGACUGUCUCACUGACACCAGACUUCGUUCUGCCAGUGACUCGGAUGAGCUGGAACAGCUUACGACUUAUCAGGCGCAACUCCCCCUUCCAUCUCACUCGCGCAUCCUGACAACCAAGCCUCGUAGCCCUUGAGUAAGCAUUGUUGUCUUUCGCGUAAGAUAAUUGCACAGACCGUUCUACUCGCUUUCUGCCGGAAUGGCUCAACAAGCGUCAAAAAGUUGCGGGGAGCUCGUAGGGACCCAGUGUUUGGAACACAUGGAAUAUUAUAUUAUCGAUACUAUGUCAACCGUAAUGCAUACAUUCAGUUUUAUUGACAAUUCUGUGUGAGUUGCAAACGCAUUAAGAAACCUGAUGCCUACGUUCACCAAAUUAACUUUAGUGAACGAUCAUUAUUAUUAUGACAGCAUUUCAUACCAUAGGUGUAAAAGUACGUUUUUAAGUAUCCUCCUCAGUUGAUAAGCGAAAGCAUCAUGUCUACCGUUGGUAGUUAAAUCAACGUGCUUCGUGCACCAAUCAUUAUUCUUUUUUUUGUUCAUCUGACUUUGCACUUUAACCAGUCAAAUUUAGGAAUCGAUUUAUUUUAUUUGGCAAUUUGUAGAUUAACUUGUAAUCACCAGUCAUUUUUAUACCAUAAAUAACAAAGUGGAUAACAUAUAUUUUUUAUCACGUUUACUGUUAUCACAAAUCACUUUGAAUAUCUGUUUGAUCAGCGUUGUUGCCUAUUCACAUAGAAAUGGAGAUUGAUUAAAACGGUAAAACAUAUCACUGGAUAGUUUUUGCCCCAUAAGUACUCUGACUUAUAAUUAUAAAUGCCGUGGUUUUCGGCAAUCGUAGGAUAGUAUUGUUAACAUUGAUAAUUACACACACUAAAAAUAAGAUUUCGGGAGUCAGUUGUAUCCUUUUAGCGGUCUUAAUAGUAAGAAGAAUACAUUUGUCUGAUGGGAAACUAAUUAGGAUAAUUAUGAAUAAAAAAUGUGAUCAUUUGUACGUUAGGUAAGUUCAUUGGAGAUUUUCAACAAACAUGAAGGUGAUAAUUCACUACAAGUCAGUACCAUUCAAAUAGCCUUUAAAAAUUGGUCUGCUUUACUCCAUCUUAGUACUCUUGAGUCGCAUUUACCUACGUUUUAUAUCUUAUUUGAGUCUGUGACCUUCAUACUUCAGUGCAAGUUUGUUAAUAUUCCAACUGACUAACCUGAUAUUUAGACUAAUAUUGCAAACUUCCUAUAUUGAAUGACAUCCAUCCGUACAGUGUCACUGGC